CGCUGCGCGUUUUGUUUGUUGUGGAAUGUGUGUGGGUGGGUGGAUACGAAAACCUGCAGGCGGCCGCUAUUUCUGGCUCGCUAAAUUGAUCCUGGCAAGGAGCUCAUAGCUGUAUCAAGUGCUGUGGUUACUGCCAUACUACUUACCGAGGAUUCGGCGGGUUUUAUAGCCUCUGUUUCAACACAGGAUAUCGAGAUGAAUAGCAAGAAGAGACGUCCUCCAGGCCUGAAAAUAUCCAUGUCUGAAUCUCCCAGCCCAUCAGACAUGGCACCGCCGCGCAACCUGGACGUGCGCACCACGCUGCGCAUCGGCACCGACACGCUGGAGGUGCAGGCGGCCGACCUCGACCUGCUGGAGAACCUGGGCCGCGGCGCAUACGGCACCGUCGACCGCAUGCGGCACCGGCCCACCAGCACCGUCAUGGCCGUCAAGCGGAUCCCGGCGACGCUCAACUCGGACGAGACGAAGCGCACGCUAAUGGACCUGGACAUCUCGAUGCGCACACUCGACUGCGACUACACGGUGCAGUUCUACGGCGCGCUGUUCCAGGAGGGCGACGUCUGGAUCUGCAUGGAGGUGAUGGACCAGAGCCUGGACAAGUUCUACCAGAAGGUGUUCGGCCGCGGCGAGACCAUCCCGGAGCCGAUCCUGGCUCGGAUCGCCUACUCGGUGGUGUCAGCGCUGCACUACCUUCACACCAAGCUGAAGGUCAUUCACCGAGACGUAAAGCCGUCCAACACGCUUUGCGACCGGCACGGUCGCGUCAAGCUCUGCGACUUCGGAAUCUCCGGCUACUUGGUCGACUCGGUGGCCAAGACGAUCGAUGCCGGGUGCAAGCCGUACAUGGCGCCGGAGCGAAUAAACCCGACGGGCGACAAGAGCUACGACAUCCGCUCGGACGUCUGGAGCCUGGGCAUCUCCAUGAUCGAGAUCGGCACCGGUCAGUUCCCGUACCGGAUCUGGGGCACGCCGUUCGAACAGCUGAAGCAGGUGGUGACCGAUCCGGCGCCGCGCCUGCCCAGACAGGGCUUCUCGCGACACUUCGAGGAGUUCGUGGCGCUCUG